AAUUUUUAAAAAAGGCGAAUAAAAACGAUGGCGGAACUCGUCCAUUCUCACGGUUGGCCACACCCCCGGUGACGAAUUAGCGUAGCGCAUACAAUAGAGAAGAUAGCGAAAGGGGAUCCUUCGAUCACACCACAACAAAAAUGACUGACUCGUCAGGAACGACGCUCAUGGAUCUGAUAACCGCGGAUCCUACUCCGGCGCCGUCGUCGUCGUCGACUGCGUCCGCAUCUUCGGCGCCGACGCCACCGGCAUCUCUGCCCUCGGCGUUAGGUAAGCCUCCUGCGGAGAAGAAAUCGAAGAGAGCCGCGCUGAUGCAGAUCCAGAACGAUACCAUUUCUGCUGCCAAAGCUGCUUUGCAUCCAGUUAGGACCAAUAUCAUGCCGCAAAGGCAAAAGAAAAAGCCAGUUUCCUAUUCACAACUCGCUAGAAGUAUUCACGAGCUAGCUGCCACUUCUGAUCAGAAAAGUUCUCAACGGCAAUUAGUGCAUCAUGUGUUUCCAAAGCUUGCAGUGUAUAAUUCCGUGGACCCUUCAUUGGCUCCCUCUCUUCUCAUGCUUAAUCAACAGUGUGAAGAUAGAAGUGUUCUCCGAUACGUCUAUUACUACCUUGCCAGAAUUUUGUCUGACACUGGUCCCCAAGGUUUGAGCACAGGUGGUGGGAUACCCACCCCUAACUGGGAUGCUCUGGCUGAUAUUGAUGCAGUUGGAGGUGUUACUCGAGCUGAUGUUGUGCCACGAAUAGUAGAGCAGCUUACUGCAGCAGCCACAAAUGCUGAAACUGAAUUUCAUGCUCGGAGAUUGCAAUCCUUGAAGGCACUUACAUAUGCUCCUUCAUCCAACUCUGAUGUUUUGUCCAGAUUGUUUGAAAUUGUAUUUGGCAUACUAGAGAAGGUUGGUGAUGCUGAGCAAAAGCGAAAGAAAGGCAUAUUUGGGGCUAAAGGUGGCGAUAAAGACUCUAUCAUCCGAAGCAAUCUACAAUAUGCUGCCUUAAGUGCUCUGAGAAGACUCCCUCUGGAUCCUGGAAAUCCAGCAUUUCUGCAUUAUGCUGUACAAGGGAUUUCAUUUGCUGAUCCAGUUGCUGUGAGGCAUGCACUGGAAAUUGUUUCUGAGAUAGCUACAAGGGAUCCUUAUGCUGUUGCAAUGGCCUUAGGAAAGCAUGUGCAGCCUGGAGGGGCUUUACAAGAUGUUCUCCAUUUGCACGAUGUACUCGCUAGAGUUUCUCUAGCGAAGUUAUGUUGUACAAUAUCAAGGGCUAGAGCUUUAGAUGAGAGAUCAGAUAUUAGAUCUCAGUUCAAUUCAGUGCUCUAUCAACUUCUAUUGGAUCCUAGUGAAAGAGUCUGUUUUGAGGCAAUUUUGUGUGUACUAGGAAAAUAUGAUAACACUGAGAGGACUGAGGAGCGUGCAGCUGGGUGGUAUCGUUUGACCAGGGAAAUUCUUAAGUUACCAGAUGCAUCAUCAAAGGAAAGUUCUAAAGAUAAACAGAAGAACAAACGUCCUCAACUGCUUAUUAAACUUGUAAUGAGAAGGUUAGAGAGUUCUUUCCGUAGCUUUUCUAGACCUGUGCUUCAUGCAGCAGCUAGAGUUGUACAGGAGAUGGGGAAAAGUCGGGCUGCUGCCUUUGCUUUGGGCAUACAAGAUGUUGAAGAAGGAGCACAUGUCAAUACAUUUGCUGAGGCUACUGAUUAUAAUGAUUCAGAUGAAAGCACACAUCCCGAAAGCAUUCGAAGAACUUCUUCAGUAUCUAAUUUAACUGCUGGCAGAGAUACCGUCGCGGGUAUGUUGGCUUCAUUAAUGGAAGUGGUACGGACAACAGUUGCCUGUGAAUGUGUUUAUGUACGAGCCAUGGUGAUCAAGGCAUUAAUCUGGAUGCAAGGUCCAUUUGACUCAUUUGAUGAACUAGAAUUUAUUAUUGCAUCGGAACUUUCUGAUCCAGCUUGGCCAGCAGCACUAUUGAAUGAUGUACUACUCACUUUGCAUGCUCGUUUUAAGGCUUCUCCAGAUAUGGCUGUUACUCUUCUUGAAAUUGCAAGAAUAUUUGCUACCAAAGUUCCAGGAAAGGUUGAUGCUGAUGUGUUACAACUGCUCUGGAAGACUUGUCUUGUUGGAGCUGGUCCUGAUGGAAAACAUAAAGCUUUAGAAGCAGUCACAAUUGUUCUUGAUCUACCACCUCCACAGCCAGGGUCAAUGCUUGGUCUUACUUCAGUGGACAGGGUGUCUGCGUCUGACCCAAAGUCUGCUCUUGCAUUACAAAGACUAGUUCAAGCUGCUGUAUGGUUUCUUGGGGAAAAUGCAAAUUAUGCUGCUUCUGAAUAUGCUUGGGAAUCUGCUACCCCGCCUGGUACUGCAUUGAUGAUGUUAGAUGCUGAUAAAAUGGUUGCUGCUGCUAGUUCUCGUAAUCCUACUCUAGCUGGUGCCUUGACAAGGCUCCAGAGGUGCGCAUUCAAUGGCAGCUGGGAGAUUCGAAUUAUUGCUGCUCAAGCUCUUACAACAAUGGCAAUUAGAUCUGGGGAACCUUUCAGGUUACAGAUUUAUGAGUUUCUGCACACUUUGGCGCAAGGUGGUAUUCAGUCACAGUUCUCUGAUAUGCAUCUUAGUAAUGGAGAAGAUCAAGGAGCAAGUGGUACAGGCCUUGGAGUUUUAUUAAGUCCUAUGAUAAAGGUUCUGGAUGAGAUGUAUAGAGCACAAGAUGAUUUGAUCAAGGAAAUACGCAAUCAUGACAAUGCUAAGAAAGAAUGGACUGAUGAUGAACUGAAGAAACUAUAUGAAACCCAUGAAAGGCUGCUAGAUCUUGUUUCAUUGUUUUGUUAUGUUCCAAGAACAAAGUAUCUACCUUUGGGCCCAAUAAGUGCCAAACUCAUUGACAUCUAUCGUACACGCCACAAUAUUAGUUCAUCUACUGGUUUGAGUGAUCCAGCUGUUGCCACUGGUAUAUCUGAUCUUGUCUAUGAAUCCCAACCACCACCUGCUGAGCCUGAUACACUUGAUGAUGACCUAGUAAAUGCUUGGGCAGCAAACCUUGGUGAUGAUGGCUUAUGGGGAAACAAUGCACCAGCAAUGAAUAGGGUAAAUGAAUUUCUGGCAGGUGCUGGAACAGACGCCCCAGAAGUUGAUGAAGAGAAUAUGAUCUCUAGGCCUUCAGUUAGCUAUGAUGAUAUGUGGGCAAAAACACUUCUAGAAUCUUCUGAGCUAGAGGAAGAUGAUGCAAAGUCAUUGGGAUCAUCAUCUCCAGAUUCAACAGGAUCAGUUGAAACUUCGAUAUCAUCCCACUUUGGAGGAAUGAGCUACCCUUCGCUGUUUAGUUCCCGACCACAAACUACGGAUAAGGCACCAGCAAGCCGAGGCUCUAUGUAUGAGGGUUAUGGUUCUCCGAUAAGAGAAGAGCCUCCGUCAUACUCAUCCUCUGUCAUGCAAAGACACGAGUCAUUUGAGAACCCCCUUGCAGGGAAUGGAUUGCACAGUUUUGGGUCUCAAGAUGAUGAGCGAGCUUCAUCUGGAAAUCCUCAACAUGGAAGUGCACUUUAUGACUUCACAGCAGGAGGAGACGAUGAAUUGAGUUUAACCGCAGGAGAAGAAGUCGACAUUGAGUACGAAGUAGAUGGCUGGUUUUAUGUUAAGAAGAAACGCCCUGGUAGGGAUGGCAAGAUGGCUGGACUGGUUCCUGUUUUAUAUGUUAGUCAAUCUUGAAUCAUGUACGUAAGCUAUUGUAACUUCCGAUUCUUGCAAAAAGGCUUUUUUUGCUUUAUUUUAUCCAGUGUUGCUUUCAUUCAAAGUUUCCAUGUUCCCAUGUAGCAUGCCAUUCUGGCUGUUCUCCUUCAAAGUAUCUUGUAUCCUGGUCCCUACCUAAUUCGUCUAGUUGUAUGCUAUCAAAGUAUCAUUUACCAUGCUAAUUGGUUGCGAGUGUCUAGUCAUUCAUCAUAGUAGGCCUUUCAUUCUAUUAUAUUUAUAUUUUACAUACAGCUAUUGGUGUACGAGUGUUUGUUUUUAUACAAGGAAUUUAAUAUAUCAAGUGAAAGUUUCACGUUUUUGAAGUCAGCA